CUCGUGCUGGCGGUGCUGCUGGUGGUGAUCGUCGUUCUCGCCUUCAACUACUGGAGCAUCUCCUCUCGUCACGUCCUGCUUCAGGAGGAGGUGGCCGAGCUGCAGGGCCAGGUCCAGCGCACCGAGGUGGCCCGCGGGCGGCUGGAGAAGCGCAAUUCGGACCUCCUGCUCUUGGUGGACACGCACAAGAAACAGAUCGACCAGAAGGAGGCCGACUACGGCCGCCUCAGCAGCCGGCUGCAGGCCAGGGAGGGCCUGGGAAAGCGAUGCGAGGAUGACAAGAUUAAACUGCAGAGCAACAUAUCCUAUCAGAUGGCAGACAUACAUCAUUUAAAGGAGCAACUUGCUGAGCUUCGUCAGGAGUUUCUUCGACAAGAAGACCAGCUUCAGGACUAUAGGAAGAAUAAUACUUACCUUGUGAAGAGAUUAGAGUAUGAAAGUUUUCAGUGCGGACAACAGAUAAAAGAAUUAAGAGCACAAAAUGAGGAAAAUAUUAAAAAGUUAGCAGACCAGUUUUUACAAGAACAAAAGCAAGAGGCCCAGAACAUUCAACCAAAUGAUGGAAAAGAAUUGGGUAUGAAUGAUCAUGUAGUACCUAAAAAUAUUCCAAAAAUAUCUGAGAAUGCUGCAGAUAAGAAUGAAGAACCCUCAAGCAAUCAUAUUCCACAUGGGAAAGAACAAAUCAAACGAGGUGGUGAUGCAGGGAUGCCUGGAAUAGAAGAGAAUGAUCUAGCAAAAGUUGAUGAUCUUCCUGCCG